AUGGAUAAUGAGGCGGACGAGUCGACCAGAGGAAGUGCAGGAGAUGCGAGGACACAGAGAGAGGAGGAUUUGGCAGCUAUGAAUGGUGUGCUUGAGGAGAUGGUGGAAGAAUUUCAAGCCUUGGAUGAGAUGUCGGAUGAGGACGAAGAAGAAGAAGAAGAAGGAGAUGAUGACGAGGAGUAUUUGGACGGCGAGGAGGGACUGGAAGAGCUUGAAGAAGAUAGCGAGUAUGAGCUUGCUUUGAAUUCUGAAGAGGAAGGCGCGCUAAUGGAACAGCUUCAAGGUGGCGAGGGUGAUGAUGAUGGCAACGAUGACGAUGACGAUGACGAGGAGGAGGGCAGUAGCGAGGAUGAUCUCGAGAUGCAAAGUGCAGAAGCGGGUGAGGGGUCCGCAGGAGCAGGCGAGGGCCAAGAUGCAGAGCACACAACGACCAUCGACCUCAAUGAGUUACUCGCCAUGCUCUCGGCUCGUCGGAAUGCGGCCACUCAGGCUGGAACAGCAGGCGCAGCCACGAACCCGAUCGGAAGAGGCAGCCUUUUGCAGCUCUUGGCUGGUGCGAUGUCUGGCAGACGAAGAGGCGCUGCGUUUGCUCGUGACGACGAUGACGACGAAGAAGAAGAAGAUGACGAUGACGAUUACUACCCGUACGGCGCCCGCGCACGAAGACCAAGACCAGGAGAACUCUGGACUAAAUGCGAGGAGCCAAUAGAAGAUGGGCAGGAGCUUGCCAGGAGCGGGGCAUUUUCGCGUCCCACUGCGAGAUCCUUCAAUCCCGAUCUCCGUAGCGCUUUUCAUCCCUCUUGCAACCUAGCAAGCAAGGUGCACGCCCGUAACGCUGCAAGGAAGCCCGUCACGAAGUCAGAUUUGAGCAGACACGUCCCAAACACAAAUGGCACGGAAGUGGCAAAGUAUCCUGCCCGGGUGUACUGUGGACAGUACUCUGAUGACAGUAGCUUCUUCUACACAUGCGAUCAAGAUUUCAAAGUGCACAUCUACGACACUUCGGUAGCACCUCAGAAACAUGCUCGCGCGGUUACCAGCACAGGUGGCGGUGGCGGUGGCGGUUGGAGAGGUCGAACAUAUGAAGAGACGCACGAGACGAGCUUGAAAGUCAUCAAGACCAUCAAUGGACGUGCAGGUCAGUGGACCAUCACUGAUGCGCACCUGUCUCCCAACAAUGCGUGGAUGAUCUACUCGUCUAUUACACCAUUCGUCUACCUGGUGCCUACACGAGUGGACGAACAGCAGUCCGGCAGCCAGUCCGACAAGCAGGUGCUGCUCGACUUCAGCGGAGGAGACGAUGAUGCAGGGGUGAGAUAUCGCAGAGACGGAAUCUGGUCCAUUCGCUUUAGCGGCGACUCGAGAGAGAUCGUCGCUGGAGCCAAUCAGGGAUCUAUCAGCGUAUUCGACAUAGAAGCUCGCAAGCGAGUACUGCGCAUUCAAGCUCACUAUGAUGAUGUUAACGCCGUCGCAUUUGCGGACGCGGGAAGCAGCAACGUCCUCAUCAGCGGCAGCGACGAUUCGUUUGUCAAAGUGUGGGACCGACGAUCACUUUCUGGCGGGAAACCUGCUGGUGUCUUGCCUGGUCAUACCGAGGGCAUCACCUAUGUCAGUCCGAAGGGCGAUGGAAGGUAUUGCAUUUCCAACGGCAAAGACCAAAGCGUGAAGCUCUGGGACCUCAGACAUAUGUCUAGCAGUUCCGACUUUGAUUCAGACCCAGUAUCCAACUACGACGUCGGCGUCAGCAAUUGGGACUAUCGCAAUAUGACCUACAAGAAACCACGACAUCAGCGACGUCCAAAUGAUAGAUCGAUCAUGACGUAUAGAGGUCAUAGUGUCUUGCACACCCUGAUCCGAUGUCAUUUCUCCCCGAGCGCUACCACUGGCCAGCAGUACAUCUAUUCAGGAAGCGCGGAUGGCAGGAUUCAUAUUUGGUCGUUGGACGGUCGAGUGGUUCAGGUGCUCGAUCGAAAUCUAAGUGUGCCCAUGCACCGCUCAACCCAUUCUGUCCGGGGGGAAGGACCACUGGCUGCCGAUCCAUCAGAGCCCGUGCUGGGGCAGUCCGAACUGCAAGAGCGAAGGCAAAACUCUGCGGGACGUCACCAGAGCCACGGAAUGGGCUGGGGCAGCACCGGUGGCGGAAGCACAGUUCGCGAUGUGAGCUGGCACUCCAGCGAGCCUAGCUUGAUGUCCACUAGCUGGGAACCUUCGGGCGGAAGUAUCGCGAAGCACGAAUGGAAAGCGUUUGGCACGAACGGCCUUGGCUUUGAAGACGCUGUCGAACAGACUCGCCUCGAAGCAAUGCGCGAAUAG